AUGCGUGCAAACAACACAAGUCGCAUCGACUCUGCAAUCGCAAUAAUAUUAAAUAGUGCAUGGCAAGGUAGCUUUUUCUUUUUCCUUCUCAAAGCAGCUACAGACUUCCUCAUCCUGUCUGCACUCUCGAAGCUCCAUAGGUUUGACGCCCAACGCUCGUGUUUCUUGUCGUCCACCUUUACCCUCAUCCUGACAGUAAACUUGCUUUUCUCUCAAUUGUCGACUCAACAUGAUCAUUAUUCAAAGACAUGGAAGACCACGGCAUGCCGAAACGUCAAUGCGCAUCCGUCGCGGAAAUCGAACAACAACAUUUUUUCCGCAGAAGUAUGUCUUUAA